UGUGUCUCGGUUGAGUGAAGUUGCAUCUGCAUUUACCAACAGAAACCCUUUGGUAUGUCGGAGUGACCUUUACUGAGUGCUGACCGGCCUUGAUCACGUGACCUGAGAUGGCGAAGCGAUUCGAUGACGUCAUGUCCCGCCUGGGGACCGGCCGCUGGAACCUCCUGCACAUCAUCUCCCUCUCUUACUGCUUCUCUCUGACCACGUACCACACCCUGGGCGGCGCCUUCCUCGCCCCCCGAGUGGACUACACCUGCCGCCGGCCCGAGGGCGCCCACGACGCGACCGCCGCCCGCGCCGCCUCGACGCUGUUCAUCCCCGCCGGCGACAACACCUCGAAGGAGGCUAAACCCGAGUGCAGUUACUUCGUCCUGAGCUCGUCCUCGGGCCAGGUCGAGGAGGAGCCGUGCGCCGAGUGGGACUUCGACAACUCCACCUUCAGCUCCACCGUCGGCAGUGAGUUCCAGCUUGCCUGCGGCUGGGAGUACCUCCGCUCGACGUACCAGAGCAUCUACAUGUUCGGCGUCACGAUCGGGGCGCCGUUUAACGGGGUUCUGGCCGACAGGUACGGGCGGAAGGUGACCGUGGGCGUGGGUUUCGUGGCCUACGCCGCCCUGGCCAUCGGCUCCUCCUGGAUCCCCAACCUCUCGACUCUCCUGUUCUCGCGCUUCCCAUGGGCCCCCUCACCCCACGAUACAGAAGCGGGCUAUUCUUGGGGUCCACCUAAACCGAACUUGAACAUAUGUUGA